AUUUACAAUGAAUGUUUUCUCUCUCGUUUCUCAUUUUUCACAUUCAUUUCAUUUCAACUUUAGACACAGAGAGACUUAAACGUGUUUUAAUCAAUUCUCGGUCGCCAUUAAAAAAAUUUAUAAAACAUUUAUUUGUAAAAACCAGAAAUAUUGUGAUUUAAGUGAAUUUAAAUAAUAAAAAAUAAUCAAAAAAAAUAAUUAAGUUAAAAUACAUUUAAAAGAAAUGUAAAAUCUAUGUUAAAUGUCAUUUUAAUUGAAACAAAAUUCCUAAAAAUUAUUUAAAAAUUACAAAAAAGUAUAUAAAAUAAGAAAUAACUCAACAAUGCAGCAAGUAGAGAUUGAUACCGAGAAGCACAUCCUGACUCAAACUAAGAAGCUUUCCGAUGGAUCAUAUGAAAAAAUUUUCUCAAGAAAUUCACGUGGUCCGGCUGGUUACUUUACUUACAAUUGUCAUCUUUGCGGUGUUCCCAACUUGCCAGGAGAAAAAGCAUUGCAGACGCACAUAACAGGAAAAAAGCAUCAGAACCGUCUUCUUUAUAAUUACACUCCUGAAGCUGUUCUAUUUCGAUCAUUCAUUGGAACAGGAAAAAAUACUCAAAUAAUAUUUCCAGGAGAGCCAAUUCCACCCGGAUUUGAGGACGAAAUGAAACCAAUUUGUCAAAUGGACGCGAUAAUUGAAAAAAUAGAAAAGCCAUUAAUUGGACUUGAAUACAUUCUAGAGCUACAUGAUUUAAAGGCAAAGGAAGCACUCUAUGUAUGCACAUUAUGCGACAAAAGAUGUGAUCCUAGAAAUAUUAUUCCUCAAAUUACAUCGCAUCGUCACAGGAUGAAAUAUUUGGAUCUACAUUUUCCAAAAAUUAUGAACAUUCUCAAUCGAGAGUCACGAUUCAACACUGACAUGUCUUAUCGCGAGGAAGUUCUUACAAAAAUAGCAAAAUCAAUUGAGGAACAGUCAAAAAGGCAAAAACCAACAGUUCAUGACUAUAAAAAAUAUGAAAUUAGUAAAAAUGAAAUUACCGAAGAAAUUAAAAAUUUAAAACAUUUUGACGAGAGCGACUUUCCAGAUGCUGACAAGAUUUUCUUUGUUAAUACAAAAACAAAUGAUCUUCUUGAUGACGUGUCAUCAGGAUCUGAUUCUGAUUUUGAAGAAUAUAAUGAAAAAUCUCGAGAUUUUGUUACGUCAGAUAAAAAGAAAAGUUCUUUUAAGUUUGCUGAUGCACGACCAGAAAAAUCCAAUGAGAAAAGCUUAAAAGAACUCGCAAUGUCUUCAAAAACGACGGAACUUCCACAAAAAGCCGAAGUCAAGAAAAUUCUAACACCACGAGAACUUUCCGAACAGUCAAAUGCCAAAAUGCAGGAAAAGUACACAAUUGAAAAGUAUAAAGCUACGGUGUCAAUCGCAAUAGAAGGUUUAGAGAAAAAAUUUAUUGAAUAUAACAAAAAUCCAGAAAAACAUCCAAAGUACUCUGAAGAAUGGAAAGGAUUUUGGAGUCGUCGUUACAAAGAGUUAAUGUCUCAAGGAAGAGAUGCCAACAGUCAUGAUUAUAAACAAGAAUGGAUUCUGUUUUGGAUGAAUCGUAUGAAGGAACUUCAUGCAGAUGACAUAAAAUCUAAGAAAAAUGAAAUUCGACGAAAAUUGAAUUUGACACAAGAAUUUGUGACUAAAAUUGAAGCUGAACCUAAUCGGUCACGUUCUCGGUCAAAAUCACCAGUUCAUCAUCGCUCAAAGAGUCCAAAUAUUAGAACUCGAUCACCAAAAAAUCGAACAAGUCGUCGUUCUCGCUCACCAGCACGUAGAUCACCACUUCGACGUGUUCGGAAGUCCAGAUCACCAAUUGAAAUUUCGGACGAAAGUGAUGGUGAAAAUUAUAGAAAGUCUUCAAGAUACGAGCGUAAACGAUUUAGAUACGAUGAAGAUAGAUCUCAUAGCAGAAUCUCAGACAGUCCAAAUAGCUAUAGAUCUGCUUCAAACUUCCGUGACAUUCGUCGUUCGCCUUCACCUGACAUUUAUUGUAAAGAUGGUGAAAUUAAUUUGGUAUCAGUUUGUCGUCUCCUGUCAGCACUUGAAAGUGACAUUGGAAUAUUAGCGGAACGAGUGAUUUGCUUGUUGACAAAAGCUAUUGGAAUGGAAAAGGCAGAAGCAAAUUCAUGUGACAAUUUACUUUUUGAAAAUGACAACAUGAUUCUUAUGGAGACUGUUAAAGAACGUCUGAAGGGAGGUUUAAGUGCUAAUCUUGUUGCUUCACAUAAAAUUCCAGCAGUCAAGCGUGCAAUUCAACAAAUUGCAUCAUUAAUUUAUGAAACAAACAAGAAGAAACAAGCAAUGCCAGUUCAAGUGCCAGUAAAAAUGUCUGAACCAACUAAAAGAGAAGAUGUGAAUGAAGCUGCAAGACUUGAAAUUGCUAGAGUCCUGACACAAUCUUUAAUAGAACAAGGUAGAGAUGAUAUAACUCCUGAAGAAUUGGAGGAAAUGAUUGAAGCUUUUAUACAAGAAGGACUCGAGACAGCCAAAGAUGAGGAUCCAGCGCCACAAGAAAGUCGACCAACAACACCAACAUUGUCACCUCAACCAUCAAAAUCUUUUGAGUCUAAAACUAUUGACACUCGAAGAUCAGACAAAGACGAUACUUUUACAGAACUAGAAAAUUUAACGGACGAUGACUUAAAGACACUUUUAAGAAACUUUUCAGACUUGACAUGCGAUGAACAAAAUCAUUUGAUAACAUAUCUAUCAAAAAUUGAAAAUACUGAUCGGCAAAGAGUUGAACGAUUGAGAAAAUAUGUUGAUAUUGGAGAUGACGAUAUUGAAAGUGAAUAUGAACAUGAAGAAGUCAAAACAGAUUUACCAAUGGACACUAAUAAGAAUUUAUUCAGAAAGUCACCAGAAAAAGCACAAGUCUUAUCUGAUGAUGAGUAUGAAGACACAGAAAUUGUCAAGUCAAUGAAUGCAACAGUAAAUAUUGAUCUAAAGCCACAACCAAUAAAUCCCACACUUUCAAAUACAGGUGCUGUUGCCAAUGAACUUAUGAGCUCACUAAUGACAAGUUUUAUGCAAACAUCAAGCUGGGAAAUGCCAGUACAACAACCACCAACCAAAGAAUCAUGGGAUAUGCCUAUGAAUAAUGAAAUGCAAUACCAAAUGCCUAAUAUGAUGGUUCAACAACCAUUUUAUAAUCAACCUUUGCCAAUGCACAAUAUGAACACUGUUUCACCAUGGCAACAGCCAGUCAUUACACCACCUUCAAUGCAAGAAAUGCCAAACAUGCCAUUUGGUCAGUAUCCACCAAGAAAUGCACCCAGAAUAGAUCCGAAUAUUCAAAGACAAAAUGAUAGAAGAAGAUUGGAAAGACCAAAUAAUACACAACUUACUGGAAAAGGAAAGAACCGACGCUAAAUGAAGAUUGAAGUUUAAUAAUAACAAAAAAUUAAGGUUAAAAAAAUAUAAAAUUUCUAAUACUAAGUGAGUUGUGUAAGUGAAAGUGCUAAAAAGAGACAAAACUGAAUUUUUUAAACCGUUAAAAGUUAUUUAAAAAUAAAAAAAAAAUAAUUGGAAGCAAAGUUUAAAUUAAAAAGAAAACAAAAUUGGAAAAUCUGUAAAAUACCGACAAAUCAGGAAAGAAUUAAAAUUCUCUUAAAAUUGUGUUUUUUGUACUGUGGAAAAAUGUGAUGAAUAUUUUUGAAGAAAUUCAAAAAAAAAAUAAUUAAAAAAGUCGUCAUUCACAAAAUCGUAAGUGUUAAAGCUAUCAACAAAACAUCAAUGGAUUGCAAGAGAUCAAAACGUAAGAUGUAAAGUGACAAAGGCAGGAAAAAUUUUGAUAAUAUCUAAACACAAAACAGAAGUGUUUAACUUUUUCAUCCAUUACAUCUAGGAAUUCCAUAAAUGUGUACAUCGAAAAGUUAUUCAAAAAUGCCAGCAAAGUGACAAAUGUCAGGCAAAUAGUAUUCAUAUUAAACUACUAGGAUAUCGAGAUCAUUUCGUAAUAUUUUUCAAAAAAUAAUAGUGAACUUUGUAUUGAUUAAUAUUUUUCUUUUGAAAAAUUAGAAAAUAGGUAGGUACAGUGGAAAAAAAUUUUAGUUUUAAGUUAAGCAUUUCCUAUUAAAAAUAUAUAACGAAAAUAAAUAAUUUUUUAAUCGCGAAAUUUAUUCAAUGUGAAAUAUUUUUUUCGUUCAUAAUUUUUAAACUAUCUUUUAC